GAGGGAGGUCAGCCCCCAAUAGGAAAUGAGACAGAGUAGGAAUAACACUUUAAAAGCUUGACAACCUCUUCCUCCUGCCAGUUCCUGGCCUCUUUUCAUCCUCCUCAGCCCAGACUCCAUCCCUCCUAGACAGCCUUGCCUCUCUGUUUAGGCUACGGUCAGGAGAGCCUCCUGCCUGUCCAAUCAAGAGCCCAGGUAGAAUCAAGAACUUCAGCCUCAGGAUGUUGACAACGUUGCUGCCUUUGCUGGCACCCCUGCUGUUGCUGCUGCUGCUGCUGCCUGGAGGGACCCUUUGUAGCCAGGGAACUUCAGAGGACGCCCUGAACUUCCACAUGCUCCAGAUCGCCUACUUCCGCGACCCUCGUCACGUGAGGUACUACGGCAACGCGUCUCUGGGGGGACAUCUGACACACAGGCUGGAGGGCACGAGGAACAACGUCACGAUCGUCCAGCUGCAGCCCGUGGAGGAGCCCGAGGCCUGGGCGCGCAGAGAGAAAAACCUGCAAGUCUACCUGGAGCAGUUCCAGACCUUUGUGCAGGUGGUGCACAAGGAGCAGGCCGACAGCGCGACCUUUCCUGUCACCAUCAGCUGCUCCCUGGGCUGCGAGCUGCCGCCAGAGGACUCCGAGGGCUCCAAGGCCCGUGUCUUCUUCGAAGUGGCUUUGAACGGGAGCUCCUUUCUGAGUUUCCAGCCAGAGGACGCACGGUGGGUGUCAGGACCCCAGGCACCCUCCAAACUGGUCGCUUUCACGCUAAAGCAACUCAACAGCUACAAUCGUACUCGGUAUGAAGUGCAGGAAUUUCUGCAGGACACCUGUGUGGAGUAUGUGCAGAAACGCGUCGCCAUGCAAAAAUUCAAAGGUACCAGGGUCUUGGGCAGUGCCUGUGUGUUAGGGAGAGGGCGGGUUCCAGGCAAAAGGACGGAUCUGAAGGAUGCCAACUGCUGGGGCCAGGAACUGGGAGCAGGGGCAGAGCACACCCAGUUUGUUACUGAGUAGCCUGACCGCUUUCCUUUAGGGGCAGAAAUUCCUUGGGGUUUGACUUAAACCAUGGACUCUGGUGAGAUUCUUAAGCUGACUCUCUGCAUGUUCUGCAGGGAGCCAAACAGGCCGCUCCUACACUUCACUGGUCCUGGGCAUCCUGGUGGGCAGUUUUGUCAUCGCUGGUGUGGCUGUGGGCAUCUUCCUGUACACGGGAGGACGGCGAUGUUAAUUACUCUCCUGCUGGCUCUGAGAAAGGGCUGGGUUGACCAGAGCUGGCAAGGGAAGGUCUCAGCUGACACGAAGCCAAACAGAUGCUCCAACUGGGACACCACAUCCCAGAAAGUCUGCAGUGACAGCUCCUUUUUCUCCCAAAUCUGCCCACCAAGGGUUUGGGGAAGGGAUGUGGGGACACUUGGUAAUUGGUUUGCUGAGAACCUAACACCAUGCGUGCUUUGCUGAAUUGGUCCAAGAAGUGAGCAUAUCUGUAUCUUUGUGGGAAACAAAUGAAGGAGCUGGGGCAGGGGUGUCUAUGGCCCAUCCUCCAAAGACAGAAUCACCUGAGCCGCUGACAGCUCGUAAGGAAAUAAAACAAAUUGUCUGCUACCAAAAUAAAUAACAUUCAGUGCAUCCAGGUGUGUCCAACUUGAGAAGGGACACUGGUAUAAAAGAGGUUGAAAGAGAUAACCAGAAGGAUGGUGUAAAGAUAAAUUCCAACAAAUAUGGAAAUGAGUUAUUAAUUAAAUAUUAAUAAAUUUAUUACUUACGUAUGUAGCAUAAUUGUUUACAAAACUUCUGGAAAAGUAGUUUAUAUUCCUUGCUUCUGCUUUCUCCUAUCCCACUCACUUCUUUUUUUUUUUUUUUGAGACAGUGUCUCGCUAUGCAAUUCAGGCUGGCCUUGAACUCACUAUGUAGCCCAGGCUGGCCUCCAACUCGUAGUGAUCCUCCUGCCUCAGCCUCAGAAUGUUGGGGUUACAGAUUUGCGCCACCACAUCCAGCUCCCAUUCACUCUUAAAUUCACUGCAGUCUGGAUUCUCUGUCUAUAAACUGCUCUAACAUCACCAGUACCCUAUAAUUGUCAAACUUUUGUCCUCUGUGACAUCUGUAACAUUUAUCUUGAUGCGUUAGACUUUUCUUUUACCCUAACUUUAGAGAUACUGUAUUUCCAAUUCAUAAAAACUGCUCUGGGUACUAUUUUUCAAUCCUUUGACUAUAAGGUAUGAUUAAAGAAAUACUGUGAAUGUUUGAAUAAAAAUUUAUUAUAGUAAAA